UGUCUCUGUAUCUCUCUCCCCUAGACGCACAAUAAGCUAGAGCCAAAGAGAUGUCGUCCUGUGAUGAGGGCAUCAUCUUUAACUGCUGCUAAUUUAACACUGCUGUAAAGAAGGAUUUGAAAAGUUAGUGCAGCACUAGUGACAAUUAGGAUAGUGUGGAUGCAGAUGUGUUUAAGACAACUGAAACAGGAAAUGCCUGCUGAAUUCCCAUAGUUCAAGCUCCCCAGUGCUUCUGAAGAUAUUUAUGAGAAUUUAGUUCAACAGCGAGCCUCAGCCUGAAAGAACAGAAGCAGCAUAUGGGUCCUGUUCUCAUGGAGCUCAGCAUGUUUUUCAGAGUGGAACAUGUUAGCAUAUGUAUGCUACAAGUUUUGUUUCAACUUGCUUUAUCUUUCAAUGUGGAUGACAAAAAUGCCAUGACGUUUAAUGGUUCAGUGGAAGACAUGUUCGGUUACAGUGUUCAGCAGUUUGAAAAUGAAGAAGGGAAAUGGGUCCUAAUUGGGUCUCCCUUGGUGGGACAGCCUGUAAAAAGAACUGGGGAUGUGUAUAAAUGCCCUGUAGGCAAGGGCAGACAAUCAGGCUGCAUCAAACUUGAGCUGCCUGAAAACACAACAAUACCGAAUGUUACUGAAGUCAAGGAAAACAUGACACUUGGAAUCACUUUAGUAACUAACCCGAAUGGAGGUUUUCUGGCCUGUGGGCCACUAUACGCCUAUCGAUGUGGAAGUCUACAUUACACCACCGGUAUCUGUUCCAAUGUCAGCUCCACUUUCACAGUUGUGAACUCCAUUGCUCCAGCUGUGCAGGAAUGCAAAACUCAGCUUGAUAUUGUGAUCGUUCUUGAUGGCUCUAACAGCAUCUAUCCCUGGAACAGUGUCAUCAAAUUCUUAGUAAAGCUGUUGAAAAGUAUCGAUAUUGGUCCCAACCAAUCACAGGUUGGAAUUGUGCAGUAUGGGAAGGAUGUGGGCCAUGUUUUCAACCUGAGCCAGUUCAAUAACACUGUGGACAUAGUGACUGCAGCAAACAAGAUUCCUCAAAGAGGAGGAGAUAACACCAUGACAGCUCUGGGGAUUAAUACAGCUAGAACCGAAGCAUUCACUGAAGCCAGAGGUGCUCGCCGAGGAGUUAAAAAAGUGAUGGUGAUAGUAACUGAUGGAGAAUCACAUGACAGCUUCAGGCUGGGGAAAGUCAUUGAAGACUGUGAGGAGGAGGGAAUUCAGAGAUUUUCAAUAGCAGUACUUGGUAGUUACAACAGACAAAACCAGAGCAUUGCUAAGUUUAUUGAAGAAAUCAAGUCGAUUGCAAGCAAGCCCACUGAAAAGCAUUUCUUCAAUGUAUCUGAUGAGGUUGCUCUGGUUAGCAUCGCCGACGCUCUCGGAGAGAGGAUCUUUGCUCUUGAAGCUACAUCUGAUCGACUGGCAGCUUCUUUUGAGAUGGAAAUGUCUCAAGCUGGAUUCAGUGCACAUUCCUCCAAAGAAGGGAUUAUGCUGGGAGCUGUUGGAGCUUACGAUUGGAAUGGAACGGUGGUUAUGCAAAAUGGUGCUGAUUUUCUAGUGCCAAACAGAAGUGCAUUUCACAAUCCUUUUGUGGAUAAAUACGAAGCUCUCGCUGGAUAUGUUGGUUACGAUGUCCAGUCAGCAUCAGUGGAAGAUGGUGUGUUGUACAUUUCUGGAGCCCCUCGAUACAAUCACACUGGGAGAGUUCUCAUUUACACCCUCAAUGGAACGGAUAUCAAAAUCAUUCAGAUACUGAACGGAGAGCAGAUUGGUUCAUACUUUGGAAGCGUUCUGACAACAGUUGAUGUUGAUCGCGAUUCUGUAACGGAUAUCCUACUGGUCGGUGCUCCCAUGUUCAUGGGAGCAGAAAGAGAAGAGCAAGGCCAGGUUAAUGUGUACACACUGAAUAAGAACACAUUUGAAUACCAGAUGACCCUGAAGCCCAUUAACCAGACGUGCUGCACCCUGCAUUCGACCAGCUCCUGCACAACGCUCAAUAAGAACGAGCCCUGUGGGUCCCGAUUUGGGACUUCCAUUGCAGCAGUGACGGAUCUCAAUCUGGAUGGCUUCAAUGACGUGGUGAUCGGAGCCCCUUUUGAGGACGACCACCGGGGGGCUGUCUAUAUCUAUCAUGGGACAGGCAAGACCAUCAGGAAGGAAUAUGUGCAGCGGAUUGCAUCAGGUGGAGAUGGAGAGAAGCUGAAGUUCUUUGGACAAUCCAUACAUGGAGUACUGGACUUGAAUGGCGAUGGGAUCACUGAUGUUACCAUUGGGGGUCUGGGGGGGGCUUCCCUCUUCUGGUCUCGUGAUGUAGCAGAAGUACAUGUUAAUAUGACUUUGGACCCCAAAAAGAUCAACAUUCAAUAUAAACAUUGUGAAGCAAAGGGAAAACCUACAGUGUGUGUAAAAACAACAAUCUGUUUCAAUUACAACCUGAAAUCUGAUCAAGCAAGCAAAGCUGCCAUUGGUAUUGAUUAUAAUUUAACAAUCGAUUUUCAAAGGCUGAUAUCAAGAGGUUUCUUUCAAAACACAGCUGAAAGAAAACUCCAGAAAAAUAUCACCAUCGUGGACCCUUUCUGUACAGAGCACACCUUUAACAUGCUGGAUAAGCCUGAUUUUAAGGAUUCUGUGAAGGUUAUGCUGGAAUUUAGACUCUCCGAUGAGGGAAAAGGUCCAGUUCUAGACAGCCAGCUUCCAACCUCAUUAACUGAAUCAAUCCCCUUCACAAUGAACUGUGGAAAGGAUGAGAAGUGCAUCACGAAUCUGCAUCUUCAUUCUGAGGCCAAUAUAAAGGGAGACAGGUCUUCCCCUUUCAUCAUUAAACCUGGUUGGGAGAAGUUCAGUGUAGCAGUAACCAUUAAAAACAACUAUGACAGCGCAUACAAUACUAGAAUACUGAUUAGCUACUCCAGAAACAUCCAUUAUGUCAGGACCGAGCCUAGAGAGAAAGACUGUGAAUCUAAUCAUAACAUCACGUGUGCAGUGGGAUAUCCAUUCCUGAGUAAGGGAGACAUGGAUUCCUUUAACAUCAUAUUUCAAUUCAAUAUCUCAUAUUUCCUGGAGAAUAUUACUAUCCAUUUAUACGCAACAAGUGACAGUGAAGAGCCAGAUGCCACUCUUUAUGACAACUUUAACACCAUUAUGAUUCCAGUAAAAUACGAAGCUGGCGUGCGUUUUUCAAGUUCCAUCAGAGAGUAUCAUUCAGUAAUAAAGGAGGAUGAACGUAUACCAAGUGUAUUAAACACUACUGAGUCGAUUGGGGAUGAAGUGAAUAUCAGCUAUGUGAUUGAGAGAGAAGCCCAUCGGCCAAUGCCUCCUCUCACACUGGAGAUCCUGUUUCCCUACCAGUCUCCACGAAAGAAUACCCUAUUAUACUUGACCACUGUGAACACCUCAAUGAACGUGAAAUGUAAGGUACACCAUCUGGUCAACCCAUUUGAUAUAAGCCCUGCAAAGCCCUAUGUGACAUCCCCACUGAAGGAGACGCUCAAUAGCUAUGUUGUGGGGUGUAAUAACUCUAGAUGUGAAUCCCUCCUGUGUGCUAUAGAGCCUUCACAGACAACUCAAGUAAAUAUUACACUGCGAGUCUGGAGACCAGCCUUCAGGAAAGCUGAUUUUUCAAGUUUAAAUUUGCUUGUUCUUGCAAUGCUGAAAGUUACUGACCCUUCUUCCAUUAUCCUUCUAAACACAGACAGUGAAACCAGAAUGGUAACAAUAAAGGUGUCGAAGGAGGCCCCUAGUGGAAUAUCUCUCUGGAUCAUUAUAAUGAGUGUGCUCAUUGGCCUCUUGAUACUGGCACUGGUAAUUUUUGGAUUAUGGAAGGCUGGCUUUUUCAAGAGGCCAUUGAAAGAUGCAGCAAAAGAAGAGAAGUGGUAGAAACAUCUGCAAACAAAUCUUCCAUCUGCUAUCCUCAGGACUGUGUUUUAAUUUAAGCGUUACACUUUGUACAAAAUGUCUAUGCCGUGUCUUGCAUUUCACCUGUUUGUUUUUUUCACCUUUUGAGUUUGCAUUCUUUUUUGUGACCACAGGGGGGCGCCAUCAACACAGUUAAGCAAAGGUUUUUUUUUUGUUUUUUUUGUUUUUUUGGACUGAAAUUAGAAAACAUUUACAAAAGUACAUCAGUACAUCCCACAGGGAAAUAUGACAUACCUUGGAUAACAUUUUAACGCAGUGUGGCUCUCUGGCCUUAUAUUAUAGUGACUUAGUAAAAGUGCCAAAUAACAAGCAACACCUGCGAUAACGAUAACUGUGAUUGUUUCUGCUGUUUAAUGGAAUGGAAGCAUUGAAUAAUUACACACAGUUGAGAGAGAGAGAGAGAGAGAGAGAGAGAGAGAGAGAGAGAGAGAGAGAGAGAGAGGUGCCAUAAUUCAAAUGUAAUCCUAAAGAUAAUAUACCUUAGUAUUACACUGCCAAACCGUUCCAUUUCUCAUGACCAGAAAGCACAAAGUACCAAACAUUAUUGUUGUUUUGUCAUGACUAUAAUAUGAAACUCUGUAUCUUACAAACAGGUACUGAGUCACCUACUGCUUGAAAUUUUAUAAUUUUAUACAUCUGUUAACAGUUAUAUACACACACACACACACACACACACACACACACACAC